AUGCGUCGUCUGCUCAGUGGGCGGAAGGAUCCCUUCGUCAAGGAGAACUUGCUACACAAAUUGGGGGAUCUGGCAGUUGCACUCCAACGAAACAGGAAUAUCGUUGCAACUCUUCACUGGCGCCCAAGAGUCCGCCAACUCUUCCUCAAGAAGAAUGCCUCCUUGCAACACUCAGGCCGUGAGGGGGCGUCUCGCCCUUCUCGCACCAUGUUCCCAACUCUGCUUCUUGCGACCGUGCCAAAGCGUUUUCGACGAUGGCAGCCAUGGGGCGAUGGAUUGACCAUCUGGGCGGAUUGGAUGGGUACCUGUGUGGCCUCUAAACCUGCAUUAAGGGACCUUCCUCCAUCGACCAUCGGAUGGAACGAUGGAUAG